CAGUUUAAUCGAAUUCCUUUCAGAAAGUAUAAUGUAAUAUUACAGCAUGUUUUCGCAGCUUGUUUCACGAAUCAUAAUUUUGGUGCUUGGUAAUCUGUACCCCGCAUAUGCCUCAUUCAAAGCGGUCAAAUCAAAGAACGCCAGGGAAUAUGCAAGAUGGAUGAUGUACUGGAUUGUGUUCGCCAUUUUUGCAGUUCUAGAAAAUUUCACAGACAUAUUUUUGUCUUGGUUUCCGUUCUACUACGAGUUGAAGAUUUUAUUUGUAGUUUGGCUUCUUUUGCCAACCUUCAAAGGAUCCAGUUUCAUCUACCGAAAGUUGCUCCAUCCGUAUCUCGUGAAAAAUGAACAGGAAAUUGAUCAAUACAUUGAGCGAUCGAAAGAGUUGGGCUCGCAAGCACUCGUAACUCUGGGGAAACAAGGCAUUGAUGUUGCUCAGCGCACGAUUGCACAAAAAGGCCCUGUGUGGCGAAGUGUAUCAGCGCAAUAUUUGGAUCAAAUCAUGUCAAACAGAGAUAUCGACUACAACGCAGAGGAUCAGACAGACUCUAGUGAGGUUAUCUCACAGAGAGUCGCAAGUAGGGUGCCGUCGAAGCAGCGUGCUAUACCCUCCUCCACUGCUAGAGAUCAGCAGCCUCAAAUUAGACACAGAACUAACUCCCAGGGACACAUAACUCAACCUCAGUCAGCAGCAACAGGGGGCAACUAUCUUCAUCCCCACAGCACAGAUGAAAACAUCCGGAAUCACAGUUACGUCACCCAAACCCAAUCCCUACAGCCCGACGAUUUUAUACAUAUUGAGAGAAGUCCAAAUAACAAAAACAAUAACAACAACACUAAAAUGUCAAAUAAAUUAGCUUCAACUGACGUGGGAUUCAAUAACGAAAAUGAAGUGUUUGAACCACAGCAAUUUAGUAAUAACUACGUCUCGAGGCAACAAAUGAACGGGGAGUAUUUUGAUAAUGCCUACUUGACACAUGACGACAGCAUUGCGGUAGACCAAGUCCAGAAACCUAUAUCCUCUUCGGCCACAAGAAGUAAUGCUACCAGAAGUCGCCCAGGCGCUGAGUCAUAUAUUAAAAAGAGAACCCAGCCAAUAGUUGCCAGAACCAUCUCCAACGCACGUCCAGGCAGGAAUCUGUGAAAAUUUAUUUGGAAGGGCAUACAUUAAUCCACCUCAGCUGAACCUGAAUGAAUAACAAACAAAAACUGCUCACUCAACUACAAUUCAAUAUAGACUGCUUUAGACUUCCUUUCUGGUGCUUUUCAGCUUCAAGACCUUAAAAGCCAUAUCAAAGGGAGUCUCUCUAAAGUAUGGUCCCCGCAUAAUAUUGUGAAAGAAUAAUAAAUUACGCCAACAUUUGAUGCAAAAAAA